GUUUCCUCCAUGGUUUACCAUGUGGCAGAUAUCCAGUCUAAAACAUAAUGGCUGCGCCCAUUGAACUUUCAUGCGGUACACAGUUCCGUUCGGAAAUUUCAACAAUUGCUAAAUGUGCCUAUACUACUUCUUUAAUCCACCAGAGAAGCGAAUGAGGUUCCUAGUCCUACCUUAUGGUUUUUUGAGAGUCAUAAUAAAUUUUAAAGAAAGAAGAACUUUACAGGAUAUUGGCUGCAAAGCAAGGGUCAACAAAAGAAAUGGCCAAGUUACUGCUGAGGCUUCGCAUGCUGCAACAGUGCAUUACAUCUACCACGACAUGCAUCCCCAGAAGGUAUUCCUGCACCCCUGGCCAAUCAUUACCAACAGAACCAAGUGACAUUGUCAACCACUCUCGCGAUCAUCCGAGAACUUGCAAAAUCCGCCAGCUCCAUCCACGGGAGGUGUCUGUCCUCUCCAACAGUCAGCCAGUAGAGGGCGCCCGACUGAGAAACGAGGAACUGCGUCUGAUGUACAACACGGAUCCAAAUGGAUUCUUUCUCGCGACGAACGAAGACGGGGAUGUGAUGGGCACGAUCGCAGCCAUGCGACAGAGCGACACGCUGGGAUUCAUCGGGUUCCAUCACAUUGGAGAUGCUUACCAGGAGGAAGGCACGAAGCUAUGGGAUGCAGCUAUUGGUUACCUUGGCGACAGAAACAUUGGUAUAGAGGUUGGGACACAGGAUGUCGAGAAGUACACAAAACUUGGUUUCAAAGAAGAAUGGAAGAAUGGCUGUUUUAAGGGUUCAGGAAUUCCUCUUCUGCCCGAGGUCCAAGGCAACCGGCUUCUGCGACCGAUUGCUGAGAUGGGGUUUGGCCGGGUGGUGGACUUUGACACGGAGAUAUGCGGCCAGCAGAGGGUCAAGUUCCUGCUCAGCUGGCUCAAGACCGACAAACCUGGUGCUGCCCAAGCUGUCUUGGAAGAUAACCGCGUAGUUGGCUACGGUGCAAUCCGACCCCUCCAGAAACCCUCCAGCCAUCGCAUCGGUCCCCUGAUGGCAGAGAACACGGCCCUGGCCCAGGUGCUCCUCCUCUCCCUCCUGAGCAGCGUGCCUCAGCAGACCCUAUUCAUGGACUCGCCCCUGGCCAACCCCUCCUUCACAAGGCUGCUGGAGACAGACCUGCGGAUGGAGCAAGUGGACGAACGAGUCCGGAUGUACACCAGGGGGAAUCCCGGCGUGGACGUCAGGAAAGUAUUCGGGGUGCUCAGUAAAGAUAUCGGGUAGUUUGCAAAGGCCCCCAUCAAGGGAAUUCAUGAUCAUUGAACAGCACUGUCAUCAGUGCAGUAGUCAGCAAGCAGUAUUUGCAACAACAGACUAGCCACUGUCCCUAUUUCCAGCAGCAGAGUGCUUACACCACCUGGGCCAAUUUCCUGUAGCUGCUAAGCACAAAAGUUUGCUUAGCAUGAAAAGUCUUCCUUGGCAAAAACAGGAUUAC